AUGUUCUCGAUUAAUAUUGAAAAGAAAGACAUGUAUUCAAGAACCUCAAAACAAUAUAUUCGUCUCAAGAGAUAAACUGAGAAGAUACCAAGAAGUGAUGGCUAAGAAGUUUGUAAUCUUCUAUUUAAACCCAUUUAGGAUUAGGCAGAUUCAUCAUGUGAGUCCUCUCCUUAGAUUGUGACUAAAAUCUAGUUUAAGAAAACUUAAUUUAGUAAAAUCUAGGUUGCUGAAAAUACUAUAAAUCAAUAUCUGACACCAAGGGGACACUGUGAUCAAAACCUCAAUAUCCUCAAUAGAAAAACAUCUCAUAGUGUUAUAGCUUAAUAUGUCAUGGAUAAAAAUAAGAAACUAAAGAGCUCUGUUCGAGAAGAGUAAAAAUUGCCUUUGAUUAAAUAACCAAGUCUAAAUGAAUUCAAUUAAUAUUUUUUAGCUUAAAAAAGAAGUAUCGACGUUGGAAGAUUGUCUUAAUAAUUGAUGCAAUCUAAAUCCCAAGAUAAUGGAGAUAAACAGAUUUAGUUAAAUUAGAAGCAAAACCAAUUCAUCAAUAAGCAAAUUAAUAUGCUGAUUUAAUAGAAAUCAGACCCUUAAAUAAAUCAGAACAUAAGAAUUAGGACAUUACCUAAUGAUAUAAAUGCGAGUAAAACUAAAACCAGCUUGUUAAGAAAGUUGAGACCCUAUCUUAAAUGA